AUGAAGACAUCUGCUGUUGUCGGUCUCCUCUCUACCGUGGCCGGUGUCCUCGCCGUCCCGACCGAGGAGGUCGCCCGGGAGGCCAAGAGGCCCUUCUUCGGAGGCCCCUUCAACAAGAACAGAAACGCCAAGAGCUUCAACGCCGACUCCGUCCAGAGCCCCUGGGGUGGCGGCGUCCAGGAGGGCCAAGGCUGGCGCACUGUCACCGGCACCACCGUGAUCCCCUCCGUCACCGGCCAGAGCCCCAACGCCGGCGCCGCCGCUUGGGUCGGCAUUGAUGGCUACUCCUGCCAAAACGCCAUCCUCCAGACCGGCGUCGUAGCCUGGGGCGACGGCCGCGUCCAGUCCUGGUACGAGUGGUACCCGGAGCCGCCCGUCUACUACGGCGACCAGCUGGCCGUCAAGGCGGGCGACGAGGUGCGCAUGAGCGUCAACGCCACGUCGGGCACGUCGGGCACGUCGACGCUCGAGAACCUCACCACCGGGCAGAGCGUCACGACGCCGUACGAGAAUAUGCGCGAGUCCCUGUGCGGCAGCGACGCCGAGUGGAUCAUCGAGUUUGGCGGCGGUGCGCAGGAGUUUGCCAACUUUGGCGAGUGGGACAUUACCAACGCCGCGGCCAGCGGCGACAGCGGCCAGGUCAACGCCCAGGGCAGCCGCAUCACCAAUGUUGAGAUUGACGGCCACGUCUACACCAACUGCCAGGCCGACUCUCGGGGCGUCGAGUGCACCUGGCAGUAA